GGCUCUCGGAAUCGCGUGGAGGAUGGGCGGGAGGUCUGGCGGCGCUGCCUGACGGCUGUGUGGAGUGGGAAGAGGAGGAAGUGAAUGCGGGGCGGCGAGCGCGCGGUUCCAAGGCUGUCUGUCAAUCAAUCACGGCCGCGCGUGCACACGGCGGCAGCGGCAGCGGCGGGAGCAGCAGACGAAAGGCUAAGUUCCUCACAGCCAGCACUUGGUAUAAACACACUACUGAACCUGGAAGCAUGUCAGUGCUGGCGCUGCAGGAGUAUGAAUUCGAGAGGCAAUUCAACGAGAGAGAAGCCAUUCAGUGGAUGCAGGAAAACUGGAAGAAGUCUUUCUUGUAUUCAGCCCUAUAUGCUGCAUUGAUAUUUGGUGGUCGGCACAUGAUGAAACAACGAGCAAAGUUCGAGCUGCGGAAACCCUUGGUGCUCUGGUCACUGAGCCUUGCGCUCUUCAGUAUUAUUGGAGCUGUGCGUACUGGAGCGUACAUGGUAUAUAUCCUGACAACCAGUGGCUUGAAGCAAUCCGUAUGUGAUCAAGGUUUCUACAAUGGGCCGAUCAGCAAAUUCUGGGCGUAUGCAUUUGUACUGAGCAAAGCACCUGAGCUAGGAGACACAAUUUUUAUUAUACUACGGAAACAGAAGCUCAUCUUCCUGCACUGGUACCAUCACAUCACAGUCCUGCUUUACUCCUGGUACUCCUACAAAGACAUGGUGGCUGGAGGAGGGUGGUUUAUGACCAUGAACUAUGGCGUGCACGCUGUCAUGUACUCCUAUUACGCUUUGCGAGCUGCUGGCUUCCGAGUCUCACGCAAGUUUGCCAUGUUCAUCACUAUGACGCAGAUUACCCAGAUGCUUUUGGGCUGCAUUGUUAACUAUUUGGUGUAUGAGUGGAUGCAUCAGGGCCAGUGCCCAUCUCACAUGCACAACAUUGUCUGGUCUUCCCUCAUGUACCUCAGCUACUUUGUGCUGUUCUGCCAGUUUUUUCAUGGGGCCUACCUGAGCAGCAGCACCAGAAAAGCACUGAAGGCCAACUAGAUCUGAAUGGCUAAAGGUUACAGCUCAGGGGAUUAGUCAUGUGGCACGGUGACAUGUUUCGAGUGCUUCAAAAUGACAGCCUGUACUCAUUAAGUUGGUUUAACCCAUUGAGCUUGCAAUACCUCGUUGAGAUCAUCCUUAGAAGUUUCAAAUAUCAUAGUGCAGAAAAUACUCCUUAAGAAGGUCAUGCUGUGUGAUAGGUUGCACAUUGAACUGUUAUGUUUCAAUAUUGGUGCUUUGCAAUCUGAAUUUUUUUUUUAAAAAACUGUCAACUGAGGUAUAAACACAGCUCAAAGGGUUAACUCAAUUAGUCUUGAAUCAGAAGGUUUUCUGAAGGCCAGCUAGAAGAACCAAAAGCUUCAAGAAAAGAUUAAUGAUUUUAAAAUCUUAAUUUUAUGCGUUAAUCAAAAUCAAAUGGUUCUGCACUGAAAAUUGCUAGCAACUUCUAGACCAUAGUGUCCCUGCCCAUUAAAAUGUAAUUUUCUGCCUUUAGAAAUACCCACUUUUAAAAAUGUGUAUUUUUCAAGGGUAUUGGUUGUAUAUCAUAUGGCCUUUUGAGAACUACUAUUUGAACUGUAGAGUUAUUCUGCCUAAGAGAAAUGGGGGUUUAACCAAGGACAAUAAGAUACUGCAUUUUAGAGGUGAUCAAAUAUUCCUGCAAGUUAAAACAUUUGUGUCAAUGUAAUUUUUCACAUAGAUUUCAAUCCUGAAAGUUAACAUUAGGCUUUAUAAUAUUGGCAAACUGGAGAAUAUUUGUAUGAAAUUCUUUUGUCUUUUUAAACAUGUUAACCUUGUAUGUUAUUUAAAAAAAGGACUAAAAUGAGAGACAGAAAUUUCAUACAAAAUACAUUCACAGUUUCAGCUGUUUCAUUUGUGCUAAAGUAUUAAUAUUGCACAGUGCAUUUUCAUUGCACUUUUUAAUUGCAUAUGCCAAAUGUGUAAAUCUGCAACAUCCACCCACCAGUUGUCACUUGGCCUGUUAGGAAGGAUUUAGGCUUCUUUCCUUAAUUUCCAGUUUCUAUGUUUCUUUUAUAUUUUAAGUCACUUAACAAUCUUUGUGCACGUUGAUUCUUUCUCAAACCACUCCAGGAUCAGUUGAGUAUUCAACUUCUGCCUAACUUGUAUGGUUGUGUGGCUCUCUUUCCAACUGUUUCAGAAGCUCUGUCAUCUUUCAGAUUGAUCUCUGUAUUGUUUCAAUGAUAUUCCGUUUCUUCUUCAUUCUUGCUAGAGUUUAAACACUUCUGAAAUUUAAGAGCAAUGGUUAUUUGUGUUGGCACAAAUUAAGCUAAGCAGUUUGAACAAUUGUAAUUAAAAAAAAAUAAAAUGGUUAGUGGGGUGUCAUAUGCACACAGCAGAAUGUGGGUUCUACAAAAGUAUUUAUAUAAACAUGUUAUGGGGUACUUUUACAGAUAUUUUUACUUGUAUUUUUUGAUACUGUGGUCUUAUUGAUAAAUGAUUCAUUGUAAAUAAAUUCUGAGGCACAGCAACCUUGAGGAACAUUAUUUAACCUACUAACUAUAAGAGGUGAUGAUUUAAAAAUAAUUUGCCAAGUCACAACAUUUUCAGAUCAAGAUACUCAUUCCUAAACAUGAGUUUCUUAAAAAACACUUUCUUUAUGCUGUGAUGGUUUUGGAAGGAGGAAUUGAAACAGAGCUAAAACAAUGUAACUUGCUACAUGGAGGACACAAAUUAUUUAACACUGUGUAUCCUUAAUAAUUCAAGUAUGUUUAAGCACAGAACAAGUAUCCUCUCAGCUAGAACUCUCUGUUUCCUAAAUUGCAAUGUGUGAACUGCUGAUGCUGAAACAAACAAUAAAUAUUUUUAAAUGGGUGUCUAGUAGUUUGCUUCUUUUAAUUAAAAGAUUAAUUAAAUAUCCCUUCAAGGUUACUAAAAAGUAAAUUGUACUCUUAUUGAAUCUGCUGCUUCAUUACAGAUCAAAGAUUUUUAAAAUAAUAAUCUCUCUCAGGAGAAAAAUAGCAGUAUUUUAACCUGUAUAAAAUAAAUUGUUGCCAAUUAAUUUGGAAUAUUUCUAUACAUUCCUGUCUCAGACAAAUAAAUAAUUGAUUUUUUUUGUUUGAUUAAGUCAGAUUUUAACCAAUAGGUUAUGGAACCAUAUAUGUAGGAAUAAUUGCUAGGGUCCAGAUAGUAUUACCAUUUUGCCCUCUUUUGAUAAUCGAGAAUCACCCAGGAAUCCUCUCUACUAGUUAUUAUUUAUUCAAAGUUCAGGAACUACAUGAGUGCCUUGAAUUUUCUCUGUAUUUGCACUUUGGCACUGCACAAACCUGGGUACAAACCAUUUAUGUGGCUUAAAUGAUCAAAACUUUUGGCACAAAUUAUGCGCAAUGUGUCCAAAUUUCUUCAGUCUUUCACAGCAGGCUAUUGAUCACUUUGCCAAAUGCACUCUCUAUAACUGGCCCUGUGUUGUUUACAGAAUGUCAGAUAAGUUUCCUCCAAUUGUGAUUGCUCAGGUUUCUUCAAACUACAUUUUUGAGCACACUGGGAAUGGAUCAAUUUUCUGGUGAUCUUUACAAAUUUUUUUGACUCUUCAAGCCAAAAAUGGAUCCUCACUGAGACGUAUAGUUUAAAUUUAAUGCAAUCUGAUGGUUUAUGCUAUGCUUCCCUUUUUGCAGGUUCUCAAACUUAUGCAUCAUGUGCAUGAAUGUUGAUUGAAUGCAUUAAUAUUUAAAGUUGAAAUAUGUAUUUGGUGACUAUAGCCCCUUCCUAGGGUUUGAUAGUUUACAGUGAUUCACUGUCUGCCCCUCACCACCUUCCCCCCCCCCCCCCCCCGCCCCCAACAACAGGAAACUUAGCAGAGAAUAUGAUCAUGACAGUGGCAGAAAAGUCACCUUUUUGGCCCAUCCUACAGGUUGCACCCAUGGAGAAAUUCCAGGCCUGGAUGAGAACAAAUGCAGGCUUAGCCAAUGUGCAUUCACUCAAAAGUCAUUGAAUGAAAUCUACACUGUUCCAGUCUAACUGUAUCCAGCUAAUAAGCAAUAACUCUAGGAGAUGAGGACAAAUAUCAUUGAAGGAAAGAAAAAGAAUAAGUAAUGAGAAUAGUUGGGUGAAAAAAUAAAUAAGUCAAAACACUAAGCAUUGAUAGAAAAUUGACUGGAAAUUUAGAGUGGGUUGUAGUUGGUGUGCUUCUGGAUUUGCUUCUAGUUUGUACUAUUUUUAGAUUAAUGAGGUUCAUUUAAAAUAAAUUCCAAUUGUCUUUGUCUUUUGGAAUUUAACUUUAAUAUUUUAGAUGGCAUGCUAUGAAAGAUAACAGUACAAUAUUGACACAAUGCAUAUCCAGGAUCCAUUGAAUAAUUAAGUGAACAUUUCUCUAUCACCUCUAUCACUAAGAUGUUGUGUCCCCAAAAUUAACAGCAAACCACUGAAGUACAUACACCUUGCACGGGGAUUAUACACUAAGGGCACAGUGUCAUGAGAGUAUUAAUUUACUCAAUGCAUACAAUAUAGUACAUCUCAAAGGUCAGGUAUUUUCCAUCUUUAAGGUGAAAACUAAAGUGGGUAUAUAUAAAGGCAAGUGAAAUGAACAAAUUAUCUGCUAUACUUUAAAUAUGAAACUUGAAAUUAUAAUUAAAACAAACUACACCGAUUGCUUCUCUCGCCAUCUCCAGAUUUCUCCGUGCAUUUCUGUCUUCAUUCCUUUUUGAUAAACAUGUCUAAGGCUCUUUAUUAACAUUUUCAUUCUGGAAGAAUUGUGAGAUACUUGCAAAACUACUUAUCUAAUUUAUUCAACCAAGGGCAAAAUACACAUCUUUAAUAGACAUUUUAUAGCAGAUAAUAUUUUGAAAAGGUCUUGUAAUAGACAGUUAGAGCUGCAGGGAAUACAAAGGUGGCUUCCUACAAGAAUCCGCUUGCAGUGCUAUUUCAGAAAUGUCUUUUCAACUGCACUCGAAAUAAACUGUGGAGCCAAAACUAGCAAUGGCAUUUUAUCCCAAGAGUAAAGGGGGAAUGCUUCCCUUCCUUUUCAUUUUUUUUUACUGAAAUAACAGAUAGAAUAUCCUGUUGAAAUGGAAACACAUUUAUUACUGGAUGCAAGCAAAUCUUCUGACAAUUGAAAAAUUGUGCUAGAUCCAAACAAAUGGGACAUCACUUGCAUUUUGUUUUAGUAAAUAUGAGCAAUUUUAAGACUUCUGCAGUGUCUUGUUAGUUUAAAUGUUACAGCUCAAAACCUGUUGACCUCAUAUUUCCUUUUGUCAUUUAAUUGCUUAGUAAUUGGAUUUAUGCAUUUGAUAUGGAAAACAAGAUUGUAAAUAGCAAUGGAGAAGAAUGAUCACUCUCACUCGUGUUUUCACUUCCAUGUUUUUGGAUUUGUUUUCCUUCUUAAAUCCCUGUCCUUUAAUGAUCCAUGUCAGUAAAUUAAUCUCCUAAUCUGGAGUUGUUUUAUUUUGAUUAAAGGAUCAUACAAAGCCUUUUACGUUUGGAUUGGCAGCUGAAUUUUGGCAUUAUUUUUGUUUGCUGUGUGUGGGGGUGGGGGGGGGGCGUGGCGGUCAAACAGCAGGAAACAGACCUCAACAAAGGGGUAUAUGACCACAUAAGAAUAGAACUUCUCACUGUAGUUGUGCAAUCAUACAUAUCUAACAUUACUUUUGAAAGUUAUGAGCUUAAGCUUAUUAUUGUGCAAUUGUGCCUGCAGUUUAUAAUUCGUCUAGGGGACUUCUUCCGUGUUGGUCUGAUCAUGGGCAAUGUAGAGAUUUGUCGUUGAACUUAAUCGUAUUUAAGAUGCAUUCUGUUUCUUGGUGAAAUUGAGUGUUGUUUUUCGUAGUUCUGUGUAGAUGUAGGUCUGUGUGUAACAAGUCACAACAAUGAUAUAUUUAACACUAUCUGACAUUACCAGUGAUAUUUCACUGUACUUCAAUCUUUAUACUGUAUUUUUUUUAGUAUUCUCACUGAUUUCCUGGGGCAAUAGAAAUCAAUGGCAAUAUUGGCUGAAUCUAUUGAACCUGUUGAAAUAGUACAAAUAGAUACCAUAUCAAUUUACAAUGAAAUGAAUAUUUGUGUUAGUACAGAUUGCAUUCAUGGGCAGAUGGUAGCAAAGGUAUAGUGGACACACAACAGGUAUAAAAUGCCUGUAUUAAAAGCUAACAGUCUUUUUCGAUAGUUGCCAUUUUAUUGUUGGCCUCGGCAGUACCUAGUUCUGCAGCAGUCAUUUUUGAAAGAAAAAUUAUUUUUGGAUUUCAUUAACCAAUCUAAUUCACUAUUAUUUAACUCAAUGCUUUACCAAUGGCAAAGAUCAAAUAUAAAUAAUCUGUUUAAAAUUAACCUAAUGAUUGUAAGAGGGCAUCGUAGUUAGUGAAUACCCAGAUAUAUAAAGUCAUAGAGAGAGACGGCAUAAAAACUGGCCCUUCAGCCCACCAAGUCCAAGCUGACCAUCAUUUUAAUCCUAUCCUGACCCUUUUUAUUCUCCCCCACACUCCCAACAGCUACCCCAGAUUCUACCACUUACCUGCACAUUAGCGACGAUUUGCAGUGGGCCAAUUAACCUACCAACCCACAUAUUUUUGGGAUGUGGGAGGUAACCGGAGCACCCAGGGGAAACCAAUGUGGGCACAAGGAGAAUCUACAAACUCCAAACUGAGCCAACUCCAAUAAGGUCGGGAUUGAACCUAGGUUACGAGCUAUAGGGCAGCAACUCCACUAGUUGUGCCACUGUGCUGCUCCGCUAUCUACACCGCUAUAUAUUGAUGUUUGCUGCCCUAAUUUUUUCCAGAUGUAUCUUGAUUCUUAUCCAUUAAUUCUUUUGAUUUAAUACUCAAUCAUAAUGAUUUGUAUUUCUAUCAUUUCAGUGAUGGAUAUCAUUCAUAGGUUGUACUAAAACGUUCACACAAAUGAAAUCUACAAAGCCCAGUGAAUUCCAAAUUGUAUUUCAUUUGUGCAUUGCCUAUCUAAAUGAAUAAGAAAUAAAACUCAAAGAACCUAAGAACGUCCAUCAAAGUAAAGAAAAAAACAGAGCAUUUUGAAGAAAUGCUCAAAGUUAGGAAUCAGAUAAAGAUUCUGUAUUGAAGGAGAGCUAUGCUCUGUAUCUGACAAAUUUUGCUGCUGUUAUACUGCAAUGAAAAGUAUUUCUUGGAGCAGUAUUAGUUUACACAAGAACGAGGAUGCUGCUGUGAAAUCCAGCUUUCCAAGCACGCAUCAGGAAUUUUGAGUAAUCAUUAGAACAGCUGAUAUUCAGUAAUUAUAGACAGCAGUUUUCCUUAUUGAUUCAGUUUUCCCUCUUGUAAGUGUUUAAAGGCUUCAUUUAUAACUUCAAUGUCAUUGUGAUGUUUGUUUUCUUUUAAAAUUCUGCAUUUGAAAUUCUAUAAUUGACCAAUAUUUCUAAGGUUACAUCUAGUGAUCCCAUACAAUAUUACAUUUUGGAAACCUUGAUAAUUUUUGAUUAGUAAAUUGUAGCACAAUGUAUAGAACAUCAGGGUACCCCUUGAAGGAUGUUCAUUGUGUGUAAACAAUCACUCUAUAGGUCUUUCUGAAAUGGGAAACACAAAAAUUGGAUGUGUACAUGUAUUUACACUGUAUGAAAGCACUUGAAAAUAGUUACUGCUGGUAUGAAUUUAUAAUUACUACAACAGGAGCUUUGUUCCAUAAAUCGCACUGAACUAUAGAGAAAAGGGCUGCGCUAACUUGCAUACCAGAAGAAAAUCCAUUAACGGCAAUUAAUAAAUAAACUUGCUUUGACUGUAAAUAAGUUUGUCAUUUCCUGUGUUUCCUUAUUUUGAAGAUGAUUUAUGAUGUAAAGCUAGCUUACAAGCAAAUGGCUUCUACAUUUUCCUGUACAAAGAUUAAUUAUUGUGUAUGUGUUAAUAAAAUAAAUAUAUUCUCGUUUGUU